UUUUUCUAGAUUUUUUUCAGUCCUUUUUUUUUACUCUUCAGAAAAAAGUUUAAAGGCGUUUGUAAGCUGUGAUUAGUAACUUUUUCCUUUCAAAAACAAAAUAUUUAUCUUUCAUUACUUUUAUCAUUAAUUAAUUGAAUUAAUUGCUGAAACAGAUUAACUGCAUUCGAUUUAAUCGAUAAUUUUGAAUUAAUCCAAAAUCUAAUCCAAAAUGUCUGGAGGAGAUUGCAUAUCUUCCGGGUCAGAUUUUCUGAAAAUUAACGUAACAAAUUCACAAAACGGUAAUGUCGCAUUUGAUAUAAAGUUUGCAAAAUCAAUGACGGUUGCAGAGCUUAAGAAUAGACUUCAGAUUAUUACAGGCGGUAAUGCCGGUUCAAUGCAGGUUGAAUUGCACAAAGGAGAACAAUUAACUGCUGUGCUCAAUGAUGACACCAUUAUGUUAGGCUCAUUGCCAAUUGAUCCAGGGAUGCAUUUUCAUGUGAAAGAUGACUUCAUUUCUAAUAUAGAUUUACAAGAAGUGGAAAAAUUUCAAUUAAGCGAAGAUCAAUAUGAACAAAUGGAUAAUACGUUACGAAAUUUUUUGCGGAAAAAUCGCUUGGGGAAAUAUAACGAAGAAGAGUUCAAGGUGGAAGAGGAAAAACGACUUGAGAAAUUUCGUUUAGAAAAAGCAAAAGCGAAGCUCUGCCCAAUUGGAUCGAGAUGUGAGGUGACUGCGAAAGGACAACCGAAACGUCGAGGUACAAUUAUGUACAAUGGGGAACUCGAAGGCAAAAGCGGUAUCUUUAUUGGUGUUAAAUACGACGAGCCUUUAGGGAAAAAUGAUGGAUCAGUUGAUGGAAAGCGUUAUUUUUCUUGUCCUGAUAAUUACGGUGGUUUCGUUUCGCCGAUGUUGGUAACCGUUGGUGACUUCCCUGAAGAAACCUAUGAUUUAGAUGAUGAGAUUUAAAACUCUAAUUUCUCGAUGCGAAAGGCCGCAGUAGCUUAUACACUAAAUCUAGUAAGCUUUUCAAUUUUGUACAAUUCCAACCUAAAUCACAAUAAGUAGAAAACAAGGACGUGGGUGCAAAAGCUGAUACAAUUUCUCAUAUUUCCCAUCAAAAAUACAAGAUUUAUUCUGGAAUUCAUUAA